AUGGGCUGGACAGGCGUUGGGACUCUUGUGGCGACUGCAGGCUAUUUCCUCUAUCGCUACCCGCCACGCAGCUGGACUACCGAACAUCCUUCUUCCCCUCCGGAUCCCCAACCCGAGGUACGGCCUGCUUCUACCUCUUCCCCUUUGCUAGCAAGACUUGACGAAGAACUCUUGACUUCUCCACCGAUAAAAAUAGAAGAAGAGAAUUCACCGACCACGCCCAAGGCUUCGGCGUCGAGCGCACCGGUCCCGGCCCUUGCAGUGCCUGCGCUAAACCUGGAGGCCGACACGAGCAACUCUCGGAGUGCCGCAACAAAGCCCCCUGCUCUGCGAGAUAUGAAUGGAUCAAUAAAGCAGCAAGCGGCAAAUCACAACGAUGAACAUUCGCAGACCAGUUCCCGGCCGCAGUCCCUUACACCCCCUACGAUCCCACAGGCGCAAAGACCACCCACUCUCUCCGCACCCGCCAACACCUCCUCUGUGAUGCCACCACCCUCAGUCCCUCGUCUCCGCCCAACACCGCAGCCGAAUAGAGCACCGCCUGGUCUUCAACCGUCGCGCUCAAAUGCUAGCUCGCUUAUGCCCCCUCCCUCCGCCGCAGCGGGACUCCGCGUGCCCCCAAGUGGCGGAGGCGGAGGCCUCAGCAACAGCACGCUGAAGCCCAGUUUGAAGAACACUCGCAAAGUUGUUCUUGAUCCGGGAUACUCGCCCCUCGACUGGGCUGCUCUAGCCGCGAACCCGAAAAGCCAGCUCCGAGGCGUCGGUGUACCACCUGGCUUGCUGCGUGUGACGCCGUCCAUGUUGAAGAUCCAAAAUGGGCGCAAGGGCCGCGAUGCGUGGACCUCCUAUCAGGGCAAAGUGUAUAAUAUCCAACCCUACGUCCCGUAUCAUCCUGGCGGGAAGGGGGAGUUGUUGCGUGGUGCGGGCAAGGACUCGGCGCAGCUGUUCCAGGAGAUUCACCCGUGGGUCAAUUGGGACGGGAUUCUCAGCGAGUGUCUCGUUGGGAUUCUGGUAUCUGAGAACGAUAUCCAGGCCGAGAAUGCGCUAGACGCGAUGGACUAA